ACUCUCUCAGAGCCGCGGCGGACAGUUGUUUUCCAUUGCACCAAAGAAAGUUAUUCUCCCGCCCAAAAUACUGCCACGUGGUCAGUUUUCUCUUGACCAGUCUCAGGUACCAAGAACCCCCGGGGCACAGCUUGCGGCAUCGGAUCAAAACUUGCUCCUCAAAAUGUGGGAUAAGACUGUAUUCAACGAUGUGGAUUCCACGGCAUACAAGAACAUAGAAGCCGUGAACAGCACGGGGAGAUGGACGAGUAUGGGAUUGACGAGUUUUAACAUGACACAUGUCGAGCUGGUAUCACACGUAGGGCGAAGCAUCAAAGUAGGGGAUGUCUUACAAUACCGAAUUCAGAGCAGGGAUUUCAACGGGAGGAAACGCAUUCUUGGCGGGGACAUGUGGUACGCUACUUUGAACUCCGAUAAAGAUCCCAAGGCGAGCACCGCUGGACAUGUAGUUGACCACGGCAACGGUACCUACGACGCGUACGUGCUGGCCGCCUGGCCCGGCAACGCCAAGUUCAACUUGGUCCUGGUCCACGCAAGCGAGGCUGUGUACCACUUGAGGAACAUUGUGUGGAAUUCGGAGCGAAGGGCUAUUUGGUUGGGACGUUAUUCGUUCAAAGGCAAAACAACGGAUGCCGUGUGCUAUCUGCAGCACCAUGGGAAGUGGGAAGGGAAGUGCGAGUACCCUGCCUACCGUGCAUUGGGAAGCACUGUCUUUCUAUGUGACAAGAAACCAGACUUUCCCUGUGAGUCCCUGUACGCACUCAAUAUUCACCGUCAGGCUACUAGUGACAGAGCAAAAGAAUUGGCUAAUGGUGUGGAAUACUUAUACAAAAGUCCAUAUUGUGUGCAAGGUGUUCCCGUGGCGAAUUCCACAUUGCGAAUUGAAGGGUCGGAAUUUCAGCACAACAAGCUGCCUCGCUGCAAGGCGGACCAGCCGAUCCCUACACUCCAGGGGUAUUGGAUGAAUGACAAGUGGAACUCACUCUUGUGCGAGUUCGGGACUUGGACGGAGAAGUCGUCGCUGACGUCCUGCCUCCGCGGGAAGCGUGUUGUGCUACUUGGCGAUUCAACCACUCGUCAAUGGCUGGAUGGUUUAAUCAAGUUACUGAACACUGCCACCGUCGAUAAGCCCGGCAGGAGAUUGUGGUCAAAGAUCCACUAUGACUCUCUCAAUCUCACCUUGUAUUUUCAGUUUCACCCGUACGUGAUCGGGUCGCACACCUACAAGAUGACGGAGAUGAAAGAGGAGGUGGAUGUCUUGAAUGGACUCAACGAUGCCGAUUGCAACUACGUUGUAGUCAUCAGUCCAUGGGCCCACUUCAGCCAAUGGACGCGGGACAGCUACAUCGAGCGAGUCCGUCUAAUCAGGAAAGCUGUCAUUGAUCUACGGCACAGAUGCCCUGAUAUACCUAUCGUCAUCAAAGGAGCCCAUGCAAAGGAGCAUAAAAGCUGGGAAGCCGCGAUGUUCGCAUCGGACUACAUCUUCACACAGAUUGAACUCAUCAACCGUGAGGCCUUAGGAGGCAUCGGGGCGUUUUUCUUGCCUGUAUGGGACAUGAAUCUUGCUUAUCCCUCACGCAAUAACGUCCACAUGCCCAUGACUAUUGUAAUGGAAGAACUUAAGAUAUUUCUAGGCUUUGUUUGUGAUACUUUACAUCCACACUAAGUGGGUAAAAACUUGGCUGUGCCGGUUCUUCACGAUAUUGUAUUGUGACACGUGACGUCCUGCAUAACAACUCCUUUGUCUUUGUAACAAACACAGGGGGAUGGGGCGCAGAUCAAUUUGACAUUGUCUCAGUUCGUAAAUAUGAUUAUGCCAAAAAGACAACGGAAACAUAUUCAAAACAAUUAUGAAAAUCCAACUUUUUUCGCUUUUGAGCAUUUAUUAUAUUUAUUAGUAUGAGCAAUUGCAUUUAGGGAUCGAUAGAUUUCAAGUCACAUUAGAUUUACACGUUAUUUCCGGUUUGAUGACGUCAUCGGUUUAGAUUUGUGCAUAACGAAUAUUGAUUUAGUUUAAACGGGUUAUUUUGCAUAAAAAAAUAACUUAUAGAAAUAUGAAAAUAGCUCCAACGUAGAUAUCAUGUUAUUGUACGUGUUAUUGUUACACCUGACUUCCGAUUUGAUUAUCGUCAAAUUAGGUUGCUUAUCAUCAAUAAUGAAACUGACAUUUUGGCAACAAUGAUCCCAGUAGGCAGCCUACAGGGGCGGCGGAACGCUUUUAAACUGGGGGAGCAACAACAAAAAGGGGCACUUGCUCAGAGAAAAGGGGCACCUUCUGUCGGUGUGAAAGUGAGAGCCCUUCGGCCUCCGCAAUGGCGGAUACAGAACACAAUUUUGUUUUUGGGGGCAAACUAAAUUGGUCCCCAAUAAAGUGGGUCCACAAAUUCACGGAGUGGGUUUAGGGGCCUAAGGGCCCCGAAAAAAACUGGAUUCUUGACGCUCUGUGGUGAGGUCUGAGGCAAUUUCUGACUUUAACCAAAUUUCUUUUUUGGAAGAGAUGG